AUGGCUUCAUGGGGCUCGCUAACACGACCGUACCGGGACAGCUCACCCAACUCGCCACUCUCGCCUCUGUCUCCGAGCACGUUUCCACAAUGGCUACGUCCUUCGCGGUCACGGAAAGGCACGGUGGGACAUACCAGACUCAAGACUUUCCUGCUGGCAGUAGCCUGCUUGGCGUUGGGAUGGGUGGUGACGUCGAAGCUGGGACCGAGCGAGGAUGCAGUGGAUACGGAGCAGACUUCAUACGACACCUCUUCGUCUGGAGUUUUGAGUGAUCCUUCUGGCUUUGGCACUCAUGGAGUGAAGGGGAAGAGGCCUGGUAUCAUUGGCAACGAGCUGGAAGAGGAGUUGGCAGAGACAAGCAAGCAGCAACACGGCAAGGAGGGAGAGCCUUCAGUCUCUGGGGCGUUGGCAGAGCUGCGAAACGCGGUCAGCCACAAGAUCCAGUCGUGGAACCCGUACUUCGCGAAAGGACCGAAAGUGCACGAUCUCUACAACGACACGAGCGAGGCCAAUGGCGGCAAGAACAAGACUUCACUCAGCCUAGGCGGCGAGACCGUCAAGGAAGGCGUCAACGACGACGAAAGACUAGGUGCCCGAACGCGAAUUGGCAAGAUGACCAUCCUCUUCUCCGGCAACAGCUUCUGGGAACGCUGCAUCCGCACCCACGAGCGGCACGACAAGGUACAAGGCUACCGCCUCCACGUCCUGCGCCAGCAGCUCAUGGACGACGUCUGGUCCAAACCAGCCUACAUCCUCAGCAACCUGCUCCGCGAGAUGUCGAAGCCCGAAAGCGAGCGACUCGACUGGCUCUUCUGGGUCGACGCCGACACCAUCAUCCUCAACCCCAACGUGCCCAUUGAAACCUUCCUGCCUCCACCAGGAACAGAGUUCGAUGACGUCUACCUCAUGUACUCCAACGACUGGAACGGGCUGAACAACGGCGUCUUUCCCAUCCGCGUGAAUCAGUGGGCCGUCCGGUUGUUCUCAGGCAUCGUCUCGUACCGUCACUUCCGCCCCGACGAACCGCUGCAGUUCCGCGACCAGUCGGCGAUGAAUUCGCUGAUGCAGGAGCCGGAGUUCGCGAAACAUAUCGUGCAGGCUCCGCAGCGGUGGUUCAACGCUUACCAAGGCGAGCACAACGAGACGUUGCAACCUUUCCAAGUCCGGCGGGGGGAUCUGCUUGUGCAUUUCGCUGGGGUCGGGGACCGGGAAGCGCGGAUGCAUUAUUGGUUGCAGCGGGCUGAGCAGCAUUUGGAUGAUUGGGAAGUCCCGGUGAAAUCGACGAGUUAUCCGCAGGAGGCGAGGGAUUUCUGGCAUGAGCAAAGGAAUUUACGGAAGGGUAGAGAGGAGAAGGUGGCGGAGACGAGGAAGAAUGCGCUGGAGUUGAUUACGCUGACGGAGCAGCGGAUGGAGGAGUACAUUGAUCGGCUGAAUGAUGAGCAGAAGGAGAGCAUUUCCGCUGCGCAAGUGGCGUUGAAGAAGGAGUUCGAAGACGAGAAGUCGUCUUUCGACACCACAAAGCUGCAAGAACUAAUGGACAAACUGGUCGAGACAUCCGCCCCCUUAACAUCCGCAGUCACCAACAGCAACAAAGUCCUCCUCCAAUCCGCCCACAAAGCCAUCUUCGCCGGCGGAAAAGACCUCCUCGACAACAACUUCGACGAAAACAAUAAAGACAGCCCUCACAACCUCGAACUAGCCUCUGUCUCAAACACAGUCGCCAGCCUCAAGGUCCUCGUCAUGGCGCCCGAAGACGCGUGGAACCGGCACGACAUCACCAAAGCCACCAACGCGGUCACGGAGGCCAGAGCGAAGUUGCAGGAGAAACUCGAUGCUGAGGCGGCGGCGAAGCAGGAGGUAGCGGAUCGAGCGAAGGCGCUGGCGGAUGCGAAGAUGGCGGCAGAGGUGGAAGCGGAGGAGUGGAGUGCGAAGCUGGCGGGUGGGAGUUUCACGAAGGCUGCUGUGAAGAAGCCUGGGAAGGGGCAUAAGAGCCAUAAGGCGCAUAGGGUGGGGGAGAAAUUGGAGGAGGUUGCUGAAGACGAAUCUGUCCCGUCAGAAGCUGCAGGUGUCGACGGUACAGCGGCUAAGGGAGUCGACGGAGCGGUGCCGGAGACUAUACAGGACCUACCGGAUGAUGCGGCGGCCGAUGCGGUAGAUGAUGCUGUGGACGGAGCAUAUGUAGAGGCGAAAUCUGAAGGGCCGCUGCAGCCGUCUGGUGUUGCUGUUGCUGCGGUCACGAUAACUGCGCCGGGACCGGUAGAGUGGGUGACGGCUUUCGUCGACGCGCCGAACGAGACCGAAGCGCCGGCAGCUGAAGUGCCGGAUGAUUGGACGUAUUGA